AUGGGCUUUCUACCAUGCAAAAUCGAAUCGUCGAAGUUCGUGUCCUCGAGAUCCUAUUUCAUCUAUUCCACGAUCGUAAUGAUCGUCUACAUGGUCUUCGUAGUUUACUCCAUAUACGAGAUCAAUUUCAUCGGUUUGGAGGUGAUGGACGUAUCCGGCUACAUACAUUACAACAUCAUCAUGAUUCUGGGCCUGUUGUCCUUAAUCUUUGCCUAUGUCUCGAAUCGAUCAGCCGUCCGUGUGUUGCAAAGAGUGUCCGAGUUGUCUCGUAUAUUAUCGCCCAGUAAUUUCUCCAAUUUGGCCAAAUGGUUCUACACGAAGAGCAUAAUUAUGAUGAUUCCUCUGUUGGUCUACAUACCGAGACUCGCGAACGUCUCUGUAUCCAUCAGCUUGUACACGUUCCUCGGAAUUCUCGUACUGAACAAUCUCUACACGUACAACGUGAUGGUGUUGAAAGCCUGUUUCCAGCAGAUCAACAAAUCGCUGGUCCAAGUGAGGGAAAUUUUGAUCAACGAUCAGCCGCAUCUUCUGAGAAGAGUGUAUCACACGCAGGAGAAUCCUACGUUGUUGAUUAAAUUGCGAAACCUGAAGAAACAGCACUACGAGAUCAGCCAAGUGGUUCAGAUACUGAACGACGUGUUCGGCAGGCAAAAUUUGACGACCAUCACGAUCCUGUUCAUCAGUGUCACGUAUAAUUUGUACAUUUACUUGGUAUUGUACACGGAGAAGGGUAGAAUUAAACAAUGGUUCUCUUUUAUAAUUAUGUACAUCGCUUACCACACGGUGCACCUGAUUUUAAUCGUUUGGGCAGCUGAAAGCGCCAAGAGCCAACUGCCGAAGAUCGGCACGAAUAUUCACAGGAUUCUUAUUCACACGUUCGACAAGGAAGUGACGAGCGAGUUGGAGAUGUUCUCUCUGCAAGUUUUGCAAACUGAUAACACGUUCUCGGCGAGAGGGCUCAUAAUAGACGCAACCCUUCUGACGAAGGUGUUGUCUAGCAUAGCAACAUACUUGUUAAUAUUAAUACAAAUGUUACUUGUGAAACCUUGUUAA